AAUCCCAACUUGCUUUGUCCUAGCUUGACUCCCAUUCGAAAAACUAUCACUCAUUAGCCCGAGGUCGUCUCAUAUAUAUUUUCUUCAGUAGAGUUUGGUCAGUUAGUGCCAUGUACAGUCCGCACAUCGCCCUUUUAUCGGCCGUGCAGGCCAACGACAGUCGUCAUGAGGCCAAGCUCCGUUUCCAGCGCCGUCCCACGGAAAACAUCUACACGGAUCCGCGUCUGGAGCAACUGAUCGUCUACCGGGCCCUGCUGGAGCACCUGCUGCAACAGAAGUCGCACUAUGACCAUGAGCGCGAAUUGGAGCUCCAGCGCCUCGAGCGCUUCCGCUGCGAGGGAGCCAACGAGCGGCGGCUGCAUGUGCAGGAGCAGGUGGUGAAGAAGGCGCAGGGCAUGCUGCCCGGCAUCGUGUUCAAGCUGCGCAACGAGGUGGACAAGCUGAAGCACUUCCUCGACUGCGACAAGGAGCAGGAGCUGCGCCAACUGGACACCGCACUCUACGACCAGUGCAGUAAGCUACUCAAGAACUGCCAGGUUACUCUGGACAACCUACAAUAAGCUACCAAGUCAAAUUUUUAUCCUUCCUAACAUCAGUCAAAUUACAUUGUGCCACAUCGAAACCAACACACAAAAUCACCCUUCACUAUACAAGAUUAAAAUAACUCAAGAC